AAGACAAAAACAAACGAUAGGAGUCGUAGCAAGCAACGCUUGUUGUGUGUUGUCACGUACGCAGUUUUGUGAAAAAUCAUCUUUGUACAUUGUUGAAUUGACUUUCGAUAAUUAAUUCGAUAUAUUUCAAUUCAUUAGUGCGAAAUUUAAAACUAUUACAAGAUGUCAUCUUCCAAAUUAAGCACCGGAACAGAUGAUCUCUUAGGAGUUUCAUGCGAAAAUCUCCCGCAUUUUGUAGAAUCCUGGGUUGAGGUCGGCACUGGCUCAUCCUCCCGAGAUGGAGGCACUCCGGUAUCGAUUACUCAACAUUUAAUCGUGGAAGACUAUUUACGCUUACUACGUGAAGCUCAAGAAUCGACUCAGUCGUCCGCUAGAGAUUCGCUAGCCGGAUCGCGACGCACUUCCCCCCGCAGCAGCCCUAAAUCCCCCCCAAAUAGUCCGGUAGUUCAGGGAUCUUCCCUUAAUUUGGAAUGGCAAACUUACUACAUGAAUUCUGAGAUGACUUCCGAAUCCAGAGAGACUAGCGAGGUACAGAAUGAUUUUGACUUGAUGACUGAUUGGAGCAGUCGUCCAGAUCAGCUGCCUCCUAAAAGCUGGAGCUUUAGAUCUGGCCGCACACGUGACAUGCUCAGCAUUCGUCACGCAAGAGUUGGUAAGAAUAGCAUUUUUUCGAAAAAGGGGCUGUGCACCCUGUUUUUGACCAACAUCAUUUCGGUCAUCUUGGGAACUGGUAUUGGUUUAUGGUUGAGCAGGCACGGUUUCAGCUCCGUCCCCAGAUUGAUUGAACUCAAGCUACGUUAAUUCAGCAAUGGCAGCGUUCAAAGCUACAGAUUAAAAUGCUUGGUGUGAUUAAAUGUACUGAAAUUGUAUUGGUCAUUCUAAUGUUAACUUAGUCUACGAGGUGUAUAGUUUUUGAUAAAAAUAACGAUUACUUCUUUUCCUAUACAUAGGCACACCAGGUAUUUAUUUCUGACACAUAUUUUCCUUGUUGUUCUAAACAUUGUUUUCUUUAAUACUUUGACACGCUGCCGUUUAAAUGAGACUGGCAAUUUUUUCUAUUACUCUAGUUUUAGUGGCAAAUCCACUUGUAUUUGUUUAUUGCCCAUGUGCAAAAUGGAUUGCUGUUACGAAUUCGUUCGUUUGAUGGUAGCGGAAACGCCAAUCUUUAAUAAUAUCAAUUUUUGAAACUAUAAUGGAAUUGAAGAUUGGCUGAAUGCUAUUUUUUCAAAAACGACUUAAUUUUUAUCCCGUUGUUAAAAAAAAAUACAUUUCGGCUAGUGAUUAUUUAUUUGUAUACUCGGUUUUGCGCAUGGGCAUCACUACAUUUGUAUUUUUAAUAUAAAAAAUAAUUAACAAUUAUUUAUAUUUUUGUUAUGUAUCAUAUUAACAAAUUGAUACAAGCGGCCGUUUUUAUCUUUUUUAUUCCGCCGAAUUAAGUUAUUCUUCAAAUGAACUUAGUAAUUUUAAAAUGUGCCAUGAUAAGUGAGCCAGUAAAAAUAAAACAGGUAAAAACGGUUGCCCUAUUUAUAUAUACGUCACAGAUUCGGUUGUUUGUUAAAUUUUUCCACGUUUAACGUGGAUCUGAAUGUGUUAGAUUUUCCAGGAGUCGGUAUAUCUGUAAAACAUCGCAGUGUUUUUCACAUAAUCGCAAAUAAAUUUUAUAAAACAAACA